AUGGCGCUGCCGUUGCAAUUCGCGUACCGAACCCAGAAGGCUGUCGGUGUCGUGGACGCCGAUCCUGUCUACAAGCCCGUCCUUGCCAUCACCGACGUUAACUGUCGGUGCUCUCAAUACUCGCCCUGCGGUCGCUGGUUCGCCUGGGCCACCACGACUGAGGUCAGCAUCAGCGAUGCUUCUACCGGAAGCAACGUCCUGAUCAUGCCCCUCAGCAGCGUCUACGAGCUGUCCUUCUCCCCGAAGGGCACGUUCUUGAGUACGUGGGAGCGUCCUUCCAAGGACGAGGCUGGCGAUGCCACCAAGAACCUCAAGGUCUGGCGCGUUGAGCAGACCAGUGAGGCCAAGCCGGUUGGCCAGUUUGUACAGAAGCAACAAGAUGGAUGGAAUCUCAACUACACCUCAGACGAAAAGUACUGCGCCCGGCUUGUUACCAACGAGGUUCAGUUCUAUCAAAGUAACGACCUCCAGGUUGUCUGGAACAAGUUGCGGGUCGAGGGCGUGAAACAAUUCUCCCUCGGCCCUGGCCAGCUGCGAAGCGUAGCUGUCUAUGUGCCUCCCAAACAGGGCUUUCCUGCCGCCGUCAAGAUUUUCGAUGUCUCCAACUUCACCAGCCCGAUCGCCCAAAAGUCAUUCUUCAAGAGUGAUAAGGUGAAGCUCGAUUGGAACAGCCAGGGCACCAGCCUGCUCGUGGAAGCCUUGACCGAUGUCGACAAGUCGAACAAGAGCUACUACGGUGAGACUACUCUCUACCUUCUCAGCGCGAAGGGAGAUUUUGAUGCUCGCGUGACCCUCGACAAGGAUGGUCCCAUCCAUGACGUCGCUUGGUCCCCAAACUCGAAGGAGUUUGGUGUUGUCUACGGCUAUAUGCCCGCCAAGACGACCAUCUUCAAUCACCGCGCCGUUGCCACCCAUUCGUUCCCAAUCGGCCCGCGCAACAAGAUCAUUUUCUCCCCCGCAGGACGGUUCGCGCUCGUUGCGGGCUUCGGUAACCUCGCCGGCCAAAUCGAUAUCUACGAUUUGGAGAAGGAUUAUCGCAAGCUUUGCACCAUUGAGAGCGGAAACCCCAGCGUUUGCGAAUGGAGCGCCGAUAGCCGCUUCAUCAUGACGGCGACGUUGUCUCCUCGACUUCGCGUCGACAACGGAGUCAAGCUCUGGCAUGUCACUGGACCACUCAUUUAUACCCAGGACUUUACUGAGCUCUAUAUGGCCCUUUGGCGCCCGGUCCCCGCCGAGAAUCGAGCCAAGAUCGAUCCCCUCAGCGCCAUCCCCGCGCCUCACCCUUCGGCGACCGCCUAUCUGGGCACCGUCAAGACGCCGAGCAAGCCCGCUGGCGCCUACCGUCCGCCCGGAGCAAGGGGCCUUGCCACCCCUCUGCAUUUUAAGCGCGAGGAUGAAGGCGGCGCCGCCCAUGUGAUGACCUCCAGCACGACGGCGACGUCCACCCUUGGCCUGAACGGCUUUGGGCGUGCUCGACGUGUUGUCCCGGGAGCUGAGCCUGUCGAAGCACCGGAGACUCGCCAGGUCCCUGGCGCAGAGCCCGUCGACGGCGAUGAAAAUUUGUCAAAGGCGGCUCUGAAGAACAAGAAGAGGCGCGGUAGGAGGGGCAAGGGCGAAGGUGCUGGCGGCCAGAAUGGAGCCGGUGCUGAUGGCGAGACCGCGGCGACGACCGGCGGAGCCAACGCCAACGCUAAUCUCGCGCCGCCUCGGCAGAACAACAACGAUGGCCGGAGCCCUGAGCGACGCUCGAACCACCGACAUCACCGAAGCGUAUCGAGGAACCCCGGUUCCCGCAGCCGCAGCAACACGACCCGCGGCGUUCGCCCCGAGCCCCAGGGUGGUGUUCUCUUGAAUGCCGGCCCCAACGGGCCCAAUGGCCAGCACCAGCACCAGCAGCAUCAGAACGCUAACAACGGUUCCGCCGCCGCUGCCGCCACCGAUGCUGCUGCUCAGAACCCCAACGCGAAGAAGAUUCGCAGCCUGCAGAAGAAGAUUCGGGCCAUUGAGGAUCUCGAGAUGAGAUUGGCAAGGAAGGAGAAGCUUGAGGAUACGCAGAUGAAGAAAAUUGCCACUAAGCAGGCCGUUCUGGCCGAGCUGGCGACUCUGGAAACGUCGCGCUAG